CUAAUCACUGUACCCUUUGCUCCCUUCACUCUUCCCUCUGCGCAGCCUUAGGAGCCCCAACACCACAGCUACAGCCCCGCCGGCGAACCCAAAUUACCAGUGCUACUUCCACUUGUACCCGCCGGCCGCUGAUUCCGGCGCCGGUCGCCGCCAGUAGAUGCUGCCUCGCUGCGCCCAUGGCUUCCUCCUUACCAGUCUGUUUCUCUCUGUCUAGAAAGUGAUGGCUUGCUCACAAUUGUUUCUUAUUAUCUUAUAUUCAAGGGACUAGCAUGUAUUCUGUAGCUCUUUUUGGUCAAAGAGUUAUUCAGAGAUUCUCUUAUUUUAGCACCUUUUCACGGUUUUUAUGUAAUCGGCAAUUUGACACUGAUGGCACUGGAAAUGGGUUUGGAAAAAUCGAAGAUUACUUGAAUGAGAGCUGGAAGAGUAUGAACUCCGAUAAUAAUAUGAAAGAUAAGCCUGAUAUACAGGAGUCACCUGACUUUAUUGGAAUCAAUGGCUGCUAUGAAGGCGAUUUCCAACAAAAUUUUAGAAGUCGGCACAACUUUAUUGAGAAAGUGAGAAACGAGGCUUGUAUGAUUCUUGAAAUUCUUCAACAAGAUGGUCCAGGAUUUGAUGCAAAAGAAGCUUUAGAUAAUUCACAUAUUACAGUUUCAAGCCUGCUUGUAAGAGAAGUUCUUCUAGGUAUCUUGAAAAUAAUAAAUUAUGCGAAUAAAAAUAGGUGUGCGAAGCUGGGAUACAAGUUCUUUGUAUGGUCUGGUCAACAAGAAAGUUACCGGCAUACGGAAAAUUCGUACCAUCUGAUAAUGAAGAUUUUUGCAGAGUCUGAGGAAUUCAAGGCAAUGUGGAGAUUAGUAGAUGAGAUGAUUGAGAAAGGAUACCCUACAACUGCUAGGACAUUUAAUUUGUUGAUAUGUACUUGUGGAGAGGCAGGUUUGGCUAGAAAAGUAGUAGAGAGGUUUAUUAAGUCAAAGACAUUCAAUUAUAGACCAUUCAAGCAUUCAUUUAAUGCAAUUUUACAUUCCCUUUUGGGUGUAAAUCAGUACAGGUUAAUUGAGUGGGUGUAUCAGCAAAUGUUGGUUGAAGGUCAUCUUCCUGAUAUUUUAACUUAUAACAUACUGCUAUGCUCAAAAUAUAGGCUGGGAAAGCUGGAUCAAUUUCAUAGAUUGUUAGAUGAAAUGGGUCGGAAUGGAUUUUCACCCGAUUUUCAUACAUUUAACAUCCUACUUCAUGUUCUUGGUAAAGGAGACAAACCGCUAGCAGCACUCAACCUUCUAAACCACAUGAAAGAAGUUGGUUGUGAACCAAGCAUUCUGCAUUUUACCACUUUGAUAGAUGGGUUAAGUCGGGCGAGUAAUCUGGAUGCAUGCAAAUACUUCUUUGAAGAGAUGGUUAGGCAGGGUUGUGUGCCUGAUGUUGUGUGUUACACUGUUAUGAUAACAGGAUAUGUUGUGGCUGGGGAACUUGAUAAAGCACAGGAAAUAUUUAGUGACAUGAUCGUCAAUGGGCAGUUGCCAAACGUGUUUACUUACAAUGCCAUGAUUCGUGGGCUCUGUAUGGCUGAGAAAUUUGAUGAUGCAUGCAUGAUGGUGAAGGAAAUGGAAUCGAGGGGUUGUAAUCCAAAUUUUAUGGUGUAUAGUACUUUAGUCAGUUACUUGAAAAAAGCUGGAAAGCUGUCCAAAGCUCAUGAAGUAAUAAGACAUAUGGUGGAAAAAGGGCAGUAUAUCCAUCUCGUUCCAAAGUUCAAAAGAUAUAGAAGAUGUUAAAGAGGUAAUAUUGCCGCUGUUGGUGCUUGCAAUUCGACUGGUGUCACGAGUUAGCAGGUCCAUAUCCCUCUACCAUCUGCUGCAAAAGAGUAGCGGCCGAGGGAAAAGGCAACAUGACACGGACAAUACUGCAAUAUGCAUCUUUGAGGACAUGAUUCUAAUUGAGUGGUGGUGUUUCUUCCGUGCUUUUGCUCGUAGAACCUGAUGAUGGUAGGGUUUUUUGGGUGAGACAUGGCAAUAAAAUGGGUAGAACAUAACCUGCAAGCAUCGUUCAAUAAGGACUCACUGGAUAAGCAGCUGAUUUUGACCUAAAGCAAAGAGAGCCAAGCCACAAGCUGUUAGAUAUAGCUCAGUCUUUGCCUUAAAGCCCAGGAAUUCCAGCUUGCAAGCAGCCACUUCUGAACAUCGAGAGCAUCGAGACUCCUGCCUGCUCGUUCCAAAAACUAGAUGAAGUGAAGUGCUCUGGAUAUGAGAAAAAUUAAGCAUUUAACCAUGAGAGACCAGUGUUCAAAUUCCAGCUGAGCCAAAAAAUCGCUAGGUGACUGCUGCUCAUCUAUCUAAGCCUUGGUGAGCAAAGUUACUCGGUAGUGUACUAGUGGAUGGUAGUAGGUAGCCGGUGGAAUACUCAGCUGUCGAGAUACGCAAGCUGGCUUGAACACCACAAUUAUCAACAUAGAGGAAAAAAGAGAGAAGAAAUAUGCACUUGAAACACAAGAGGCCAUAGAGAAUUACAGUAGUAACUAUGCGGUGAGAAGAAUGACGAGAAAGAUACUGUAAUCGAGAGGUAAACUAGAUGACGUUUCCUUGGCAACGACAAUCUAUUUUCUUCAUCUAAGGGUAGGUCCUUAACGUGAGCUGUAUAGUGUACUAAUCCUUGAUCACAUCUGAGAAUGUGUCAAGUGGACUGUUGUAGCCAUGUCUUUGUAUAGUGGUUGAUUGGUUGAAGAGUUAUGAACUAAGAAGGAAAGUAUGAAAGAACGGAGCAUGGUAAGGCAAAAUGUACCAACUUCUUGUAUCCUCUCCACUCUAACCAAUUGACCUCGAAAUUUUGUAGUGUAGGAAAAUAAUCUGGGAGCACUGUAGCUUACUGCAUAUAUAUAAGAAAGCUAGCAUGUGCAGCCCCUGAAAAAACCUACUGUAUUGUUUGGCUCUUCAUGCAAAAUGCUGAAAGUGGUCAUUUUCUUCCA